AUGGGAUCCGGCACUCAAAGAGGAGUAGAUAAAUUUAUGUCAAAAUUAGGACUUAUUCAUUAUAACUACGCAAGUAAAUCACUUGACGAUUUUCUGAAAUUUACGAGUGAAACAGGGUUCAGUUACGUCGAGCUCCAGAUUGGCGACGUAUGGAACUCGGAUACCGCCAAUCCUGAACAAAAUGCGGAGGUCGUGAGAGCACAGGUUGAAGGUUACGGCUUGCAAGUCUCCGCACUUGCUGCGGGAAACGACUUCGUUGUGUUGGAAGAGGAAGCCAUUCGUUCCCAAGUCACACGGAUGGAACGCAUCUCAGGAAUUGCGAAACACCUCGGCACCUCGGUUCUCCGCACGGAGGGUGGCUCCGCAAAAGAUGCUGUCCCAGAAAGUCGAUGGGUUGAAGCUAUGGCUGGAUGUCUGACACGAUGCCUUGAAUUCGCCGAACGUGAUGAGGUCUACUUAGCAGUGGACAAUCACGGCAUCGUUACAAAUGACGGUGACUUGCAGGUAGAGCUCUUUGAACGUGUCGGUUCCAAAUAUGUCGGUGCGAAUAUGGACACGAUGAAUUACCGUUGGGCGGGUCACGAUUUGGAAACCGUGGGUAGAUAUUACGAGAUUGUCGCGCCUUACACAUUGCACACGCACCUGAAAGACGGGACGGGUUCACGUGGAGAUUACCGCGGCGAGGCACUCGGUGAAGGUGAAAUAGAUCUCGCGAAGGCAAUCCGCUGUCUGAGAGAAGCAGGCUAUGAUGGUGUCUGGUGCUGCGAAUAUGAAGGUAGAGAAAACGACGGCACGGGUCAAAGAAAAAGUUUUACUUGGAUGCAAGCAAACCUGUAA